GGCAGAAGACGAGAAACGGCGAUCAUGGCCUCGAUGACCACGGCCUACACCCUGAGGCAGCUGCAGUGCUCCUACGUGGACAGCCUCAAGGACAUGACCAACGCCUUCCCCUCGGUGAGCUGGAAGCGCAUGGAGCUGGCAGCCGAGUCGCUGGUGAGAGAUCGCGACUACGCCUCGCACUUCAACGCAUUCGACGAGCGCAGGUGUUUCUACCAGCCGCUGAAGCCCUGGUCGUUGCAGUGGCAGGCGGAAGACGACGCAGACAAAAAGCUAAAGGUCAAGUGCCCGAUCACCAACCUCAUCGCGGACAUGAGUCUACACAUCUACGCCGACGACAUCAACGCGAAGAUAUUGCAGCGCCCGCCCGCCGAGAAGGAGAACGUCAGCCUGGACAAGCUCAGGCAUAAGCUGCUCUACUGCGACAAGAUCUUGAGCGACAACCUGUCCAACAUAGGUCUUGCGCAGAACACCGGCAAUCAGGUUAACCUGAUGGCCUGUCGCGGACUGGGCAGUGGCAUUGCCAGGCGCGAUCUUCGGCUACGGGAACAACGACAAAAGUGGCCAGGGCAACUCGUGGAUCAAGCGAGAUAUCUGGGCCCGAUUAUCACCAGUAUUCAGAGUUUCGGAAUUGAGCUGGCGAAGAGGGUGCAGGCUGCCAAGGCGGCCUUCUACUCGAUGGGCUCUUUCUGGAGUGCACCGCGUAUCCCAUGGAGAUGGAAGAGGACUGUGCUGCUGGGGCGGGUUGAUAACUCCGCCUUCUCUUCAGUUGAAGCCUUCCUGCCGACCGAGCGCCAGUGCGGCACCCUCGACGCAGCUAUAGCAUCGCUGGCGCGGGUUGCUCUGAGGGGAAGAGCCUGCACCUGGAAUGAGGACGGCACGGUCCGAUCGCUGACCAACGCCGAAGUCCUCGCCUACUGGAAGAUUGCAAGAGCUGAAGUGGCACUUCGAGUCAGGCGGCUCAAGUGGCCGCAGCAAGCGGCCAAGGACAGGAACGGCAAUGCCCAGUUAUCCGCGGCAAUGUUCGGCACGAUCAGCGGCCAGGCCUUGCAGACUGUUUCUGACGACGGCGCGCUGUCGAGUCAGGCGAAUCCCUGGGCCAAGCGCGCGCAGGAGGACGUCAACCAGCUGAUCAACUGCUCAGUAGAAGCACAGAGCCUGCUGGAGACCGCAGGGCCACAAGAAGCAGCAGUCGACGCGGAGAAGGCCAAGGCAGACGAGCUUGUCGCAGCAGCCAAAGGCCCGGCGGGCAAAGGCGCCUCCAAGGCGCAAGUCGCGCAGCAACUCGUCCUUCUGCUCAGCAAGUUGGUGCUCAGCAUGGCAGGCGACCUAAGGUCGGUGAUCAGUGCGGUGUUCGCGACGGCGCGCGCGCCGCUCGCGAUGCCAGCCGCGGCCGCAGCCGCGCAGGCGGGCAAGGAUUACCAAAAGGCGGCGACGAAGCUGAGGGGCGACCACAAAGAAGACGAGGCGGUGGACACGGCGCAGUUGGAGAGCCCGCGCAUCCACGAAGGCCUGGCGAGGAGCACGCUCGCCACCUACUGGAAGGACUACAUCGUGAAGAAGGAUAUGUUCGAGGCGGCCGAGGGUGCGAGGUACUUCAGGGCGCGCGCCCCGCAGGGCAAGGAGACGGGGAAGAAAUCCAAGCGCAUGGAGGGCAAGGCGCGUCUCCAAUGGGCGCUAUCAACCAACAAGGUGGCGCAGGGCCUGGGCACGAUCCUCAGGGGCGAAGUCGCGCGCCAGGGCGGAGAGAUCACGAUUGGAGCGGCGCCGAGGGGUGUCUUGGAGAGGGGCGCCAGAGCGCGGUUGAACAAGCUCGAGGACGUGUAG